UUCCAGUUCCUUCUCUGUAGUCACACAGUAACAGUAGGUUUAACAAAUUGGAGAUUUGGGCAUUAUCAAAGUAGAUUUGUUGUGCCUUGUUCCACCACGGGAUGAAAAUACCCUCAGGGCAGGGAGAUUGAUCAUGGGACUGCAAAAGGAUUACCUUCAAAAGGCAGUCAUGAGAUUGGCUUGAACAAAGAGACUGCUCACAUGCUUAUCAUAUGAGAUUCUCUUCUUAAAGUGCUGGCACCCCAUCUCCUCAGGGAGUCUAACCACCUCCUAGCAGAGCACUGAGGAGGCAAGACAGCAAUCUAGCUCCCUGUCAAGCAACUCAACCGCUCAGGACAUCUAAGGGUCAAAAGGCUUGGAUAGAAAAAACAUUUUCAAAGCGAGAAUGCAUCUACGUACUUGCCAACAGCAAAGACAUCGACAGGUGUUGCUGUGGCCAGCUACUUACGCAACAUAUCCCAGUUCCUCAAAAUGCUACGGGUAACAAGAAUGGAGAAGAGUGCAAGCAGCUGGAAGCAGUGCCUGAAAAAUGGUCAAUCAGUAAACACACUCAGCUAAGCCCUACAGAUGCUUUUGGAAUUCUGGAGUUCCAGGGGGGCGGGCACUCCAACAAGGCCAUGUAUAUUCGUGUGUCCUAUGACACAAAGCCUGACUCUUUGCUUCAGCUCAUGGUAAAAGAAUGGCAGCUGGAACUUCCAAAGCUUCUAAUCUCAGUACAUGGAGGGCUUCAAAAUUUUGAAAUGCAGCCCAAACUAAAGCAGGUCUUUGGGAAAGGUCUAAUCAAAGCUGCCAUGACUACUGGGGCCUGGAUAUUUACUGGAGGAGUAAGUACAGGAGUUAUACGCCAUGUUGGAGAUGCCUUGAAAGACCAUUCUUCUAAAUCCAGGGGAAGAAUAUGUGCCAUAGGAAUUGCACCGUGGGGGAUUGUAGAAAACAAGGAGGACCUUAUUGGAAAAGAUGUAACAAAACCUUACCAAACAAUGUCAAACCCCCUUAGUAAACUUUCUGUGCUAAACAGCAGUCAUACUCAUUUCAUCCUAGCUGAUAAUGGGACAUUAGGGAAGUAUGGAGCAGAAGUGAAAUUACGGCGCCAGCUAGAGAAGCACAUUUCUCUCCAGAAAAUCAAUACACGUCUAGGCCAAGGUGUACCUGUGGUUGCUCUCAUUGUGGAAGGAGGUCCUAAUGUCAUCACAAUAGUACUGGAAUGUUUACGGGAAGAACCUCCUGUCCCUGUGGUGAUUUGUGAUGGUAGUGGCCGAGCCUCGGAUAUAAUGUCUUUUGCACAUAAGUAUUCUGAGGAAGGAGGAAUAAUUACUGAAUCUCUCCGUGACCAGCUUCUCGUUACCAUUCAGAAAACCUUUAACUACAGUCGCAACCAGGCUCACCAACUGUUAGUGGUUCUGAUGGAGUGCAUGAAGAAGAAGGAACUGAUCACUGUGUUUCGUAUGGGAUCAGAGGGUCAGCAGGAUAUUGAAAUGGCCAUUCUAACAGCUCUCCUAAAAGGAACAAAUGCAUCUGCUCCAGACCAGUUAAGCUUGGCAUUGGCCUGGAAUCGUGUUGACAUUGCUCGGAGUCAGAUUUUCGUGUUUGGACAUCACUGGCCACCCUUAGGAAGCCUUACAGCAGCUGAUGGGACAACCAAGGAUAAAGAGAAGAAAUCACCUGCUGCCCAACCUAAAGCAGCACGAGGAAAGGGCAAAGGUAAAAGGAAAGGCAAGGGCAAAGAAGAGCCAGAGGAAGAAACGGAUCCAAGGAAGAUCGAACUACUUAAUUGGGUCAGUUCCUUAGAACAAGCCAUGAUGGAUGCCCUAGUCCUUGAUAGGGUCGAUUUUGUUAAGCUUUUGAUUGAAAAUGGAGUCAACAUGCAGCAUUUUCUAACUAUCCCUCGCCUAGAAGAACUUUACAACACAAGGUUGGGGCCCCCAAAUACUCUGCAUUGUCUUGUCAGAGAUGUUAAAAAGGGUAAUCUUCCACCUGAUUAUCAUGUCAGCUUGAUUGAUAUUGGUCUUGUGCUUGAAUACCUCAUGGGUGGAGCUUACCGCUGUCACUAUACAAGAAAAACCUUCCGAACGCUUUACAAUAACUUAUUUGGACCAAAGAGAAAGGUGCUGUUCUACUGUAACCAGAUGUGGUUUUUUUUCCUGCAGCCGAAAGCUCUUAAGCUUUUAGGAAUGGAGGACGAUGAGCCUCCUACUAAAGGGAAAAGAAAAAAGAAGAAAAAGGAAGAAGAAAUUGACAUUGAUGUCGAUGAUCCUGAGGUUAGCCGGUUCAAGUACCCAUUUCACGAGCUGAUGGUGUGGGCUGUGCUCAUGAAAAGGCAAAAGAUGUCUCUGUUUCUCUGGCAACGAGGGGAGGAAACUAUGGCUAAAGCACUUGUGGCAUGCAAGCUAUACAAAUCUAUGGCACAUGAAUGCUCAGAGAGUGAACUUGUAGAUGACAUCUCCCAGGAUUUAGACAACAACUCAAAGGAUUUUGGUCAGUUGGCUGUGGAGUUGUUGGAUCAGUCUUACAAACACGAUGAGCAGGUUGCCAUGAAACUCUUAACCUAUGAGCUAAAGAACUGGAGCAACUCUACCUGUCUAAAGCUCGCAGUGGCUGCCAAACACCGAGACUUUAUCGCACACACAUGCAGCCAGAUGUUACUUACUGAUAUGUGGAUGGGACGUCUUCGCAUGAGGAAAAAUCCAGGCCUUAAAGUAAUCAUGGGGAUUCUUUUCCCACCGACCAUCCUGUUUCUUGAGUUCCGAUCCCAGGAUGAUCUUUCAUUUCAUACAUCCAAAGAAUAUGAAGAAGGCAAGGAAAAAGAAGAUGAAAACAUGGAUGGAAAUGCCGAUACAACCUCUAGAAAAGGAGAUGAAGAAAAUGGCAAUAUAAAGCAGAAAAGUAUCCCAAUAGGCACCAAGAUUUAUGAGUUCUACAAUGCACCAUUUGUCAAGUUCUGGUUCUACACUAUUUCAUACUUGGCAUACUUAAUGUUAUUUAACUAUGUCAUCCUGGUGAAGAUGGAAAGGUGGCCUUCAGUCCAGGAAUGGGUAGUCAUUUCCUAUAUUGUGACACUUGCACUGGAAAAAGUUAGAGAGAUUCUAAUGUCGGAGCCAGGAAAGCUGAGCCAGAAAGUGAAAGUCUGGCUCGAGGAAUAUUGGAAUAUUACUGAUCUUGUGGCCAUUUCUGUAUUUCUAAUUGGAGCUAUUCUGCGACUGCAAAAUCAGCCGUAUAUGGGAUAUGGGAGAGUCAUUUACUGUGUAGAUAUCAUCUUUUGGUAUAUUCGUGUAUUGGAUAUCUUUGGUGUCAACAAAUACCUGGGACCCUAUGUCAUGAUGAUUGGCAAAAUGAUGAUUGACAUGCUGUACUUUGUGAUCAUUAUGCUGGUGGUACUGAUGAGCUUUGGUGUAGCGCGUCAGGCAAUCCUGCACCCAGAUGAAGAGCCAUCGUGGAGACUUGCCCGGAACAUCUUUUACACGCCUUAUUGGAUGAUCUACGGAGAAGUGUUUGCAGACCAGAUAGACCUUUAUGCAAUGGAGAUUAAUCCACCCUGUGGUGAUAAUCUAUAUGAUGAGGAUGGAAAACGCCUUCCCCCAUGUAUCCCUGGAGCAUGGUUAACUCCAGCACUCAUGGCAUGUUAUCUUUUGGUAGCAAAUAUUCUUCUAGUAAACUUACUGAUAGCAGUGUUCAACAAUACAUUUUCUGAAAUAAAGUCAAUUUCAAACCAAGUGUGGAAAUUCCAGCGUUAUCAGCUAAUCAUGACCUUUAAUGACCGCCCAGUUCUGCCACCUCCCAUGAUAAUCUUCAGCCACCUCUAUAUCAUUUUGAAGCGUGUUUGCUGUCGGUGCAAGAAGAUACAGGAAGGGGAUCAGGAUGAACGUGACAGAGGCCUGAAGUUGUUUCUAAAUGAUGAAGAACUGAAGAAACUGUAUGAAUUUGAGGAACAAUGUGUUGAGGAAUAUUUCCAGGAGAAAGAAGAUGAACAGCAGUCUUCCAAUGAUGAACGGAUCAGAGUCACUUCAGAAAGAGUUGAAAAUAUGUCCAUGAGGUUAGAAGAAGUCAAUGAAAGGGAGCACUUCAUGAAAGCUUCUCUGCAAACUGUAGAUCUUCGACUCUCUCAACUAGAAGAGCUUUCAGGGAGAAUGGUAAAUGCUCUGGAGAAACUUGCUGGUAUUGAUAAGUCAGAGCUGAUUAACGAACGCUCUCGUGCAUCCUCUGUGUGCGAUGCAGCUUAUCUCCUGCGGCAAGGCAGUGUGAACAGCUCCGAUGGCAACAGCAUUUACAAAUACCAUGUAGAAGCAGAUGAAGUGACAUGUGAUGACAGCACAGGUUCAGUUUCACCAGCUUUGGGGUUACGUAGAAAAGCCAAUUCAUUUGGGAUGAGGACAGAGAAAGGAGAACAAGAUAAUAAGGCACAGUUGGUACCACACCAGGCAAGUCUCCGUUAUGCUUCAAGCACUAAUCCAGUAGCAACAAAGGAUGCCAAUAAAGUCACCUUAGGAAUUGUUUCCAAAAGUACAAGACCAAUUUCUUGCAUAGAUAUUUGGAUUCCAGAGUGUGAUAAGAAGGAAACAAAUAGUGAAAUUCCAAGUAUCCAGUAUUUAAGCCAAACAGAUACUGUUACAAAUGGUCAGUCAGGAGCCGAAGCAACAGCCGUUUCUGAAUCAGAAUUUGCUAACUCUCAUUUCACUGUAGAAAGAACAAAGUUAGAAGCAACUAUUUCAUUUCCCCUGGAGAGAUCUAAAGCUAUGAAAUAUUAUGCAGGUCAGUCCUUUAAUACCUGCCAAACUACCAUGACUAAAUCUAGAAGUUUUGUCUUUACCCAAGGUGUAAAACUGAUGGGUGGUGUCAACAAUUGGACAGAAUACAGUGCAGUCAUGGAUCAAAUGUGUCCUACAUCACUGGAAGAGUGGGCUGACCGGUGGAAUUACCAAGGAGACUCUUCAAAAAAGUUGAGUCCCGAGCUUACAAAUGUCAUAUCAGAUGCUGAGAUCCAAGCAGAAUUAAAGUCUUUAUUAACAGACACUGAAGAGGACAGUGAUAUUGGAGAAACGGGAAACAGUGCCUCACAUCCUUGUACACCUUUUCCUGAAAGGACAGAAUCUAAAAACUUACUGUCUGUGCAAUUAGACAGGACUUGUGGAUUUGCUUCCCCAAGGUCAAAAAGUUUACAUAGCCACACAGGAAAGUCCCGGUUCUUAAUAGAUAAACUAGAGAGACCUGGUCAUGCCAGUAGUGUUAUGAACAUUGUGGUGGCAUGCGGUAGUGUAGCAGAGGACACAAAAACUGAACAAGAAAAUGUCUCCGCAGAAACAGAAUGUUGAUAUUGGCACAUCAUAGUUUAGCCAUUUACCUUACAAAAACACUAAAUAAAUGUGUCCCCAUAAAAAUAUCAAUUCCAGUUAAACAGCCCUUGAGAUGAAAACCCAGUUAAUACUUGCAUGUGGAGGGCAUCAUGCUUUCAGUUAUGCCACCUAGGCUCCUUAGUGAAGCCAGAUUAGGUGAUUUAAUUGUUUUCCAGUUUUCACCUAUUUUCAUUCAGCCUCAGUGGUCCAAUGGUCUUCUCUGUACCCCCUACCCAUAUACCGUAUUUAGAUGUAGUUUUCUUCUCAUUAGAGGGUCACAUCAUGUGCCAUAAGGAUAAAAUGAUACCACUGAAAGAGGGCUGCAACAGGAGAAUGAUAAGAAUACUUUUAUGCCUUGAAAACAUGAUUAAUGUGUAUUAGUAGUCAGAACAUCCCACAAUAGACAGAAAAACACUAUAUUGAAAAUACUCUACUGAACAGCACAGAUCCAAAUUCUAUUAGAACUGCCUCUAUUCGCAAAAAUAGACACAUUAUAGUGGUCUGCGCAACAAUGUUUUUGGCUCCACAUGGCCUUUGUAAUACUUUAUGUAUAAAGGUGAUCUGGAUCUGUGCUCUUCAAUAUUGUGUUUUUCAUGAAGUGUGGUUGCCCCAGUCUGGCUUAUCGGCUUGCCUUCUGUUCUUCUCCUUGACCACUAUUAAUUUAUGUAGUAUAUAAGAACUAUGGCAUUCUCUCUUAUUCUGAUCCCAGCCAUGGCCCAUCUCAUUUAUAAGAAUUUUAAGUAUCUUGACUUUAGGCAUGCCAAACUUAUAACAUCACUCUAAAAAAUGGUGUUGCAUAAGCACAAUUAAUAUCUCUUCCAAUAUUUUUCCAAUCUUAUUUAUAAUAAGAUUAUAAUAACAGUAUUAUGGUGACUCUGACAAGCACAUUUUAGCCUAUGCACUCUUUCCAUCUCUACAACACCACUGUUCUUCUUCUCUGUCUCUUUAUAGAACUAUUUGUCUUUCCAAAAUAAGGUGCUAAAUUUUGUAAAAUAAAAUAACUUUUU